GUACGCUAGGAAUAGUAAAAUAUCUCGUUGAACAUGGCGCUGACGUAACUCUGAAAAGUAAAAUCAGCGUUCAUACUGUUGGCAUUGACAUCCUGAAGAUGGCAGUUAUGAAAAAUUCAGUUGUUUUGGUCAAUCUUCUGUUGGAAAAGAACCUCGCCGUGUGGAGAGUUGGAACAUUUUUUGUUGAAGGAAGACAAACGAGUCUUCUUGAAUGGAGUAUCCACCUUGAUCAUGAUGAAAUUACAACUAUCCUCAAAAGGUCUGUAAAUCAUCGUGAGAAGAUUCAGAUGUUGAAAACAAUGAAUUCUAACAUGUUAGAAAAGACUGAAACACCGAUGCAGGCUUUUGUCGCAAAGAAUCAAUUCAAAAUUGGCGAUGGUGGUUUUUCUUGUGUCUUUGUUGGUCUCAUGAAGGAUGGAAGUGAAGUUGCUGUUAAGAGAAUUUUGGUACAAAAUGAGGAUGAAACAGGUGAAAACGAAAAGGAAAUCAUGAAUCUCAUUGAAACAAAGUCUCCAUUCAUAGUGAAAUAUCGACAUUUUCACCGUGACGAUACCUUCAUGUAUCUUAUUGUUGAUCUUUGCGAAGAAACCUUGAGGGAACUUGUUCAUGCAUGCAGUAUUGAACAUCUACAAGAGCAAGGUCCACGAUUGAUUAGGGAAAUUCUAUCAGGACUUGAAUUUCUUCAUGGUAAAGGAAUAUUGCACAGAGAUCUAAAACCAUCAAACGUCCUGGUUGAUAUCGAAGGUCGCAUGAAAUUGGCAGACUUUGGAAUAAGCCGCGUUCUAAAUGAAGAAGAAACGACAGUUGCAACUGAUGCAAAAGGUACUCGCGGAUGGAUGCCACCGGAAGUAAUUGAGGCAAUAGUUAAGAAAGAAAAGGGUCGUUUCAAAAGAAAAUCAGAUAUCCAUGUCGCGGGUAUGAUUGCUUUUUACGUGUUGACCAAAGGUGAACAUCCUUUUGGAUCUGAAUUAGAUCGAAUGAAAAAUAUUUCAGAGGAUAAUCCUGUCAAUCUGGAGAAACUUGGUGAUCGCGAAGCUCGUAGGUUUGUGUCGUGGCUGAUUAAUCACAAGAUUGAUGAUAGACCUUACGCUCACGAAGCAUUGAGAGAUUUUUUAUUUUGCAACACCACAACGAAACAGCGAACAAUUAGACAACCAACCACGACGUUUGUUUGAAAUGACGAAUUCUUCUUAGCCCAACUUUGUCCAUGAAGAACGACAAAAAUUCGAGUGCGACAGAACUAGUAGUAUCUGGUGACAUUGUAGAGCAGCAACGCUUAACGCGACCGCCGUGGAUUUGUAUUUCGUAGAACGUCGGUAGGAACUUUGAUGGUCGGUAGCAUCAUUUACAGCUUCGGAAGUCGCCGUGUAUUUCGCGACAAUUUCCGAAUCCUUUCGUCAAAAAUCAAUAACACGUUGAAUACUGCAUGUUUAAGGUGGUUUAAUAAUUUGUGAGGUUGUUUUAUCCAGGUGAUUCUGAAUCCCAUGUCAAUCAGCGUGACAAUAAUUUAGCAGAAUGCGCUGUAGUUCAUAUUAAUAAAUUGAAAUUAGCUCCAGUUAGCUAUAAAGGGUAGCACACGCGUAGAGCAAUGGAGGGAAACUCGUUUGUAAACUGGCGUAUCUAUAGAUUUGAGCACAGGGAAACUUUGUUACGUUUCGGAGAACGUGCUCUCCUGAUUUAUUUCUAGCGGAAUUAGAAAGUUCAAGGCUACUUGCAUUUUGCUACAGUUAAGUAAUAUUCCCCUCACGUGCAUGGAGCAUGUUUCACGUGCACAGUCAGCAUACCUAUAUAAAGCGAUCCGAAAGGUUCAAGGUCAUUUUAUAUUUGAUUUCGUCGAAGCAAUUUCGGAAGUUUUCACCCGACCCUCCCUCCCUUUCUCUAGGUUGUGAGCUACGAUAAUUUCUGUGUAAUUAUGCUGGUGUGGGCGUUUUUCAUCACCCCACCUUUUCUGUGCUGUACUAAAA